AUUUGCGCACUCUCUCUCCCUCUCGAAAUCCUGUCAAUCUGAUAUCUGUUUGUGGGUUUAGCACUGACUGAAACCGGAGAAGAAAAGCUUCAGUGCCCAAUUUGUUGCAAACGACAUUCUAAAGAUGGUAGAUCGAUAUUGGAUUGCCUUCCUUCUGGUGCUUUCAUGCCUUGUUGCACUUUUGGAUGCUAGUUCUGCUGAUGAUGACCCCACUUAUCGGUCCUGUGUAGGACAAUGUGAAAAGAAUGGAUGUAUUGGGGAACGCUGCUUUCUGAACUGUAACUUUUCUUCAAAUGGUGUAUCCAAUAAUGGUCCAUGGUACAUGCAAGAACCUCAUUACUUACGGUGGAAGCAAUGGGAUUGUCAAAGUGAUUGCCGUUACAAUUGUAUUAUUGAUAGAGAGAAAGAGAGGCAAGGAUUUGGUAAUGGGCCUAUCAAGUAUCAUGGAAAAUGGCCCUUCAAGCAUGUGUAUGGAAUUCAGGAACCUGCCUCUGUAUCUUUUUCUGUGCUCAACCUUGCAAUGCAUUUCCAUGGUUGUCUAUCCUUUUUCAUCCUUCUGUACUAUAAGUCGCCUCUAAGACAAGAUAAGUCGGUGUACCAUCAAUAUUCUACUCUUUGGCAUAUCUAUGGGAUUUUGUCAAUGAACUCCUGGUUAUGGAGUGCUGUUUUUCACAGUCGAGAUGUUGACUUGACUGAGAAGUUAGAUUACUCAUCUGCGGUUGCGUUAAUUGGGUAUUCCCUAAUUUUGGCCAUAUUAAGAAGUUUAAGUGUGACAGCUGAGGCUGCAAGAGUGAUGGUUGCUGCUCCGCUGCUUGCAUUUGUGACUACCCACAUAUUGUACCUCAACGUGUAUAAACUAGAUUAUGGUUGGAAUAUGAAAGUUUGUGUUUUAAUGGGAGUGGCUCAACUUCUUGUUUGGUUAAUCUGGGCUGGCGUCACUCGUCAUCCUUCUCGCUGGAAACUGUGGGUGGCUGUCGUGGGAAGUGCCCUUGCAAUUCUGUUAGAAAUCUUUGAUUUUCCUCCAUAUCAAGGAUUCUUUGAUGCACAUGCUCUCUGGCACGCUGCCACUAUUCCCAUUACCUACAUAUGGUGGAGUUUCAUUAGGGACGACGCUGAGUGGCAGACCUAUGUCCUUGCUAAAAAGUCGACGAAGAAAGCAAAGUAACCCCGUUACUGAACAAACUUGGAAACCGGUACUCUCUCUCUCCUUGCUUCGACCAGACAAAUGGUUUCAGUUUGUUGAAUUGGACAUAGUUCAAGGCUUUGGUAGAAUCUCAAGGGAUUAUAUUAGAGUUUAUAGGCAGUCAGGUUACAAGCUUUUGUUCAGAAUCAGGUAGCACCAGAAGCAAGUCAAGAGUAUCUUCUUCACUCACUGAAGAUCAUGUCUAACUGUCUAAGAUUGAAAUUUUUUUGACUGAUUGUUUUGCUAUUUGUUGUAGAAUACCACCUUUUAUUUACUGUUUUUCGAUCCUAGACUAGAUUUUGCACACGUGUAAUGUAAUCUGAUAUUAGUUUUUUUUUUUUGUUCUUUCUUCUUUUUUAGACUCUUUUUUAUCUGAUAUUAAUCAUUUCCAUCUAAUGAAGAAUUUAAACU